AAGUUCCUGACUGAUGAUGAGUGGCUGUCGCUAAUAACUAAUCAGAGAUACUACGCACUCCCAGUGCCAUUGGAAAAAAAGAUGGCGACCGUACAAGCGGAGCGAAUGGCGUAUUCUCACAAUGAUUGGUGGUGGCUUACAGACAGUCAGACAGUGUUACAAGCUAUGCAUAGUAGACACCCCGCUCCUACAGAAUUGUGUCGGUUGGAGGUCUACAUUGGAAGCUUCCUUCCUUCCUCGUACAGUCGAAGUACAUGUAUGUUAUUUCUAGCUACCGGUAGCUACUAGUAGCAAAAUAGACACCCUCCCUUUUCACCUCUCACCAUGCUAACGGAGGUCCGCCUUGCUACCCUACGGUACGAUCCUGGAAGCUACCUUACACCCGGUCGCUAUUAAUUUCGCUUGCUACGAGGGAGGCUAUUGGAUCUUUUCUCUAAUUGUGUGAUGAAAGACAACCUCUCGCAGUUUUGUGUGGUCACACAACGUGGCAUUGGUCCGUAGAAACAGUACCACUGUACGGUACUGUACUGUACCGAAGAGGUCUGUAAAAAAGCGUUCCGAACGGACGUCAGACAGAUCGGAUAUCUAUUGAAUUUGCGGUCGAGGUUGUUGACACUUUCUUGAAGCGCCACCGUCCAAUCCUCCAAUCCAAAUCACCACAAGGUUCCACGUGGGUGAAGUGAAGACACACACAUCAAGCCACACAAAAGAAGAAAGAUUUUGUCCACAAAUUGAUUUCAAUUCUAUCAUUGUUUUCUUUUGGAUCAGGCAACAAAACGAAACUAAAACUGAACAACCAUGUUGCGAUCUCUGUCUCGCACGGCGUCCCGUGCCUUGACCAAGACCAAGACAAACACUACUAGUAGCAAUAAUACGAAACGCCACUGUGGUUUAUUGGCGGCCGUGGACAAUGUGUGGUCGCCCACAUACACGGGCCCCAGCCAAUCGGCCAUUUUGACGGACGAAUACACAUUGCGCUCGGCCACGGGCACCAUGAUUCAUCGUGGUCCCGACGGUCGUCAUACCGCCCGUGGCUCGUUGACCAGUAAUGCGCAUUGGGUCAUGGGACAUCAGCGUUUGGCCAUUGUCGAUCCCGACUCGCACGCGGCCGAUAUGCCCUUUUUGUUGACGUUUGGAGCUGGCAGUGAGAACGAGCAGAGGGUCAAAUUGGCCGCCAAUGGUGAAAUUUACAAUCACAAGAUUUUGUAUCAGGAUAUUGUGGACAAUCACGGUUGGACGGAAGAACGAAUUUCGGCCAGUGAUUGUGAAGUGAUUGCGCAUGCAUGUGCCUGUUUGGGACCCAAGGAAGCCGUCAAGCGAUUGGAUGGCAUGUUUGCCUUUUGCUUGUUUGAAGAAGCCAAAGAUGGACAACCAGCGGCGGCAUUUGCAGCCCGAGAUCCAGUGGGCAUCAAGCCACUCUAUUAUGGAACCACACAAGAUGGUGCCUAUGUAUUUGCUUCGGAAUUAAAGGCAUUGGUCGGACAUGUCGUACCAUCGUCUGUAGAAGCUGUGCCUCCUGGACAUUAUUGGACGCCUCAGACUGGAUUGGUGCGAUACCAUAGUCCAGAAUGGAAUUUCUCGGAAGACUACGCUCCCUGGGAAACCAAAGAAAAUCCCACGGACGAUGAAAUCCGCGAAGCAUUCCGGGCUGCUGUUUCCAAGCGCAUGAUGGCCGAUGUCGAUUAUGGAUUCUUUCUCAGUGGAGGAGUCGAUUCCUGCAUUGUGUCGCAUGCACUCAUGCCCAUGUACCGGGAAGAAACGGGAGAUGAUCGACCCAUUCCGGCAUUUACUGUUGGAAUGGAAGAUUCACCCGAUAUGAUGGCCGCACGGGCCAUGGUCGAUGCACUGGGGGGAGAUAAAUACAUUGAUCAUCGUCCACGAGUCUUUACCGGAGAUGAAGUCUUUGGAUUGAUCCCCAAGAUUAUUUAUCACAUGGAAACUUACGAGGCAGAGUUGAUUCGAAGUGCUAUUCCCAAUUGGUUAUUGGCUGAGCGGGCUGGAGCCGAUGUCAAGAUGGUCUUGACAGGUGAAGGAAGUGAUGAGCUCUUUGCUGGAUACCUUUAUUUCAUGGAUGCCAAGACUCCCCGUCAUAUUCAAAACGAACUUCGACGCAUCUACAACAUGCUCGGCGACAUCAAUUUGCAUCGUACCGAUCGAAUGACCAUGGCGCAUAGUUUGGAGGCUCGUGUGCCCUUUCUCGAUACCAAAUUCACAGAAUUGAUCAUGAGUGUCGACCCUUCCGUCAAGAUUGUUGAUCGGGAAGCCGUUGCCACCAACUCGGAAGGACGCGAAAAGACAUUUUUGAGAAAGCUGUUUGAAGGACCCAAUGCCAAUGGCGACUCCAUCCCCCAUCCCGUCUUGUGGAGAGCCAAGGCCAUGCAGUGUGAAGGUGUCGGGGAAGACUGGGUCAGUAUGUUGCAGCGCAAGGUGGCCGAAGAAGUCUCGGAUGCCGAGAUGGAUAAUGCUGCCACCCUUUACCCGCUCAAUACACCACACACCAAGGAAGAACUCUACUACCGAAGAAUAUUUGAGGAGACGUAUUCUGGUAUGGCCCAUGUCAUCAAUCCUUGGGAGGGUGGUUGCCGUGCGGCAGGAGCUGCAUGGGAAAGCGACUCGUACACUCGUGAAGGUCUCGCCAAUACAAAUGUGUUGACCCAUGCCUUCCAGAACAAGUCACGAAGUGCGGCUUUCUCCACCAUGGCCAACAACCAGGGUGGAAAGCGUUCCUUUUCAUCCGUGGCGGCAUACCGAGACGACGCCAUUCAGGAUGCCCAAGACUCUGGAUUCAACCUGUUCGAGUCCUACUUGACGCAGGGAAGUGAUGACCGGAGCAUGAUUUUGCCAAACAGCGGAACCAACAAGUACCAUUGCAAGCCUCAACCAAUCGCCAGCAAUGACAUUUUCCGUGGAAGUUGCACCUGCAAUACUCCCACCGAAUCUGGAUAUGCGGCUGCCAUGAAGCUUUUUGACGACAAGUUGGCAUCCAAGCAGACAGAGGCAGAAGUAGAGGAAGCCUUGAACGGCAUUUUUGAGAACCAGAGGCAGCGCAUUGCCUCUGCCUUGGAGCUUCCAGAGGGUGUGGAGGUGGCUCUCUGCCCAUCAGGCUCCGAUGCUGAGUAUCUCCCGAUUGCCAUCGCUCGAGUGCUUCAGCCUGAGACUCAAAACGGAAAGAAAAUCGUGAACAUUGUGACACAGCUGAAGGAGAUUGGAGCCGGAACAAACGUUGCUGCUGGAGGCACUUAUUUCUCUACGCACGCACCCUUGUAUGGUAAAGUACCCGAUGGUGUUACUCGUCUGAACGGCUUUGGUGACGACGGAUUGAAAGAAGUGUCCAUCCCAGCUCGUGAGCGUGACGGAUCAGUGCUGGAUGCAUCAGCACUUGCUAUCGACAUUGCUGAAAAGGAGGGAGACGCUUACACCAUCUUGCAUGGUGUGUUCGGAGGCAAGACUGGCCUCAGAGACAAUGUAAUGCCCGGAAGCGGUGAUGGCGGCAGCGCGUCAUUGGGAGUUAUUGAUGCCUGUCAGGGUCGAUUCUCUCUUGAGGAGCUGCACUCCUGGCUCGAGCAAGACUCGAUUGUGCUCUUCACCGGCAGCAAGUUCUUCCAGGCACCCCCUUUCUGUGGCGCUCUGUUCAUCCCCAAGCGCAUAGCCGACAAACUACGAGAAUCGCCACCGCCGGAACCAAUGGAAAUGUACGGCAAAGAGGGUCUGGGAGGAUUCUUCUCGGAUAAGGAACUGCCAGAGUGCUUUGAAAGCUGGAAGCCACUGCUGCGCCGCAACGACAGUGUAGGCAACAAUGUUGGUCUUGCAUUGCGAUGGGAAGCUGGAUUGGCUGGAAUGGAGUCACUGUCCAAGACCCCCGAUGUGGACCGAAUCAAAGCAGUCGAAGACUGGGCUACCAGCGUCACUCACAUGGUUCAGUCGAAUCCGGAGCAACUGGAUGCAUGGUGUGUCGAACGUAGUAUUGUGAGCAUCCGCCUGAAGCGAGAGGAUGGUAGCGGAUGGCUGAAUAUGAGCGAACUUCGUGAUGUCUAUCGCUACAUGAGCAUGGACGUAUCGAGUGCGGUACCUUCAGCCUCUCCCGAGGAGAAAGCAGCGCUCUCGACUUGCUGCUUUGUGGGUCAGCCGGUUGAUGUGAGCGAAACCCAUGCCAUCCUGCGUAUUGCUCUUGGAUCAGAGUCCUUGGCAAACUACUUGAACGAUCCAUCUGGCACGUUGGGCGAGGAUGAGACGGCAGUGAAGAAGCUCGCAGUAAUUGCCAAGAAUUUCUCAAUCCUCAAGCAGAGCAGCUUCUGAACUAAACUAAGUGUAUAGGACUUGCUGGAAUGUUUGUGUUUAUUAGAUACUCUACUAGCCAGCAAUCGAGCGCGGAUUUGCGCUCUGGUGUGACAACUGUAUCGCAGGCUAUUGGAAAUGCAAGUCAAUCAUCUCUUCAAUGUCUGCGUACUAGCUAGUAGAGAACUCAUCCUUAGCAGAAUCAGAAAGCGAUGCCAAUUGUCUCGAAGGAAGCAACUUUGCUUGCAACGAGGCAAACAAGAGAAUAAACAAUUGUUUCCAGCCCCCAAUUACCGACGCAUUGAAAGGUAUGGGUAAUGAAAAUUUCAAGUUGCCCCAGUGGCUGCUUUGACUGCUGCAUCGUGUCAAGGGAGGUGUAAAACCCAGGGUGGACUAUGGGUAACAAUGUCAUAGAGUGUAAACUGGUGAUGCUAGGGCAUGAUCAAGUAGUCGCAGAAGCAAUGAUUUUCUAUUGAGU